UAGAUCAUGUAUUUAAAGUAGUUGUAAUUGCAUAUUUUUUUAAUAUAUUACGUAAUUAUGAAUCCAAAAUAUGUUUCUUUUUUAUAAAUAUUCUUCAAACAUUCGUAGUUUAUCUUAGUACGCCCUGUACUUGAAAGCGCAUCCGGCAACUCCCAACGGUUUUGACAGCUGUCAAAAAGCAAUACUGACAACUUGAGCAAUAUGGACUUCCUCUUUUUCGAUACGUUCGCGUUCGGGUGAAUUUGUUAAAAAAUUCAAUAAAAUAAAUCUUAGGUAAUCUCAGUGAAUAUUCACAUAAAAGCUUUUGAAAACUUUAUCAAGUUAUGUGGAAAAGUGUAUUAUUAUGUAAAAUAAGUUUAUUUCGCGACAAUUCUGACACAUACAAAUUAUUUUCGUACUCAUCUACGAAGUGAAUUGAAUUUGUUCUCAACUUGGCCGAAAAGCUAUGCCAUUGAUGUUUUGUUGCCAAAGCUAUGCAAUAAGGUUUUUGCAACAUUACCUGAAUCAAUAGUUCAAUGAAACGGCUUGGCGAAUUUUUAGAGCUUAUAACUUUUCACUAAGUGUUUCUCGUGGAUUUUAACUACAACAAAUGUUCGUUGCGGCGUUUCAGUAGUAAACUGCCAAAUUUUCAUAUGAAUCCAUGGUGCGAAUGAACGUAUUGGCUGAUGCCUUAAAAUGCAUUAACAACGCUGAGAAGCGCGGCAAACGUCAGGUUCUCCUGCGUCCCUGCUCCAAAGUUAUUGUCAAAUUUCUUACUGUCAUGAUGAAACAUGGCUACAUUGGUGAAUUCGAAAUUGUCGAUGAUCAUCGUUCCGGCAAAAUUGUUGUUAAUUUGACUGGUCGCUUGAACAAAUGCGGCGUCAUCUCGCCCCGCUUCGAUGUGCCCAUUAAUGAUAUUGAAAAGUGGACCAACAACUUGUUGCCCUCUCGUCAAUUCGGCUAUGUUGUGUUGACUACAUCCGGCGGUAUCAUGGAUCAUGAGGAGGCCAGACGGAAACAUUUGGGAGGUAAAAUUCUUGGAUUCUUCUUCUAAGCGGGACAGGUCGUUACACUAUCAAUAGUGUAUUUAAGCUAUUGCAGCUGGCAAAAGCAAAGUGUUUAUAUUAUUUUUUACAAAAAUAGAAUGAUAAUAGCCACUAAAAAACUGCAGUAAUCGUGCGUGGAAGGAAUAAAGAAUUGAAAAAAUUUUA